CCAGCCCCCACCCCAAUAAAUCCCUAACCUCUCCCAAUCCCUAACCCCUCUCUCCCCCUCCCCAGCAAAGCAUCCCAGCGAGCAAUGCUCGGCAAUGGCGGCCACUGAGGCAACGCUGGCGCCCGAGAAGCACGUCCCAAGUCCGAAUCCCUUCUCCAAUUCCUCAACCGCACCGAGCUCCCCCUCCUCCUACGCCGCCAGGAACCCCACCCCUUCUUCUCCGAGUCAGAGCUGACAGUAUUGAAAGGGGUGCGCUCGAAGACGGCUCCAGCGUUCUGGCCGCUUAUGCGCCGGAUCUCGCGCCAUUAAUGUCCGUUGAGGUAUGGUUUGGGGUUGGUUCUUUCUCUGUUUUGAAUGCUUAACCCUGCUUCCCAGAAUUACAACUGCCAGAUCUGCCUCUCUCCUUCCUUUUCUUCUUCGAUCGCUCUCCCUGCUUUCCAGGUUCACGCCGUCUUCGGCUUUUCUUGACUUGGAUCUUGAGCUUGAUGAGCUCUCCAACCCCUCCAUCGGCUCUGUCUUCCUCCUCCUCUAGCAUUGCAGCAACACGCGGCGAGGACCGGCGCUUGGUGGAUCCGACCGCCGCGAUAAGAAGACAGCGAAGAAGGAUGCCGUGCCCUCCCUGGUCUCAGAUAAGGGUUUGGAGAAAAUGGGAAUGAAUAGCCUCAUCAACCUCACCUCCAAAGCCGAGAUCCACUAUGAGGGCGUCCACGUCUCCAUCAACCUCCAGCAGUCCACCAUUGCCCUUCAGAAUGAAUUCUGUACCUCAUGGAGACAGAGGGGCAGCAACAGAAACAAAUAAUUUUUUGGGAAAACUAAUCACCGGUCCAGUGUUGGACCGGAGUAUAAGGAAUAGUCCCUGUUGACCGAAAAUGAAACUCCCGGUCCCGAGACUCACGAAACCAUAAUUUCCGGUCCCUGAGAGGAGAAAUGUCCAAGAAAAUUUGCCGAAUAUGCUCCGAUUCAGUAUUUUGAAGGCGGGAAAUGGAGACGUUUGGAGUUUCUAUAUUCCCUGGCCAACGGAAGAGGAGAUUCGGUUUGAAGGCGGGAGGAACAAUGUCGUUUGGAGUUCUUUCGAAUUUCCUGUUCGCGUGGCCAACGGAAGGCGGGAGAGGAAGACCGUUGGAAUUCCAGAGAAGACUUUGGAGCUCCACAAGCAUUCUGCUCUGUUCUUUGAGGUUCCAACGGACUGUAGGGCAGUCGAGGGCCAACGGAAGGCUUUUUGGUUUGAUGUCCUUUGUUCUUUGGAGCUCCACAAGCAUAGUUUUCUGUUCUGUCAGGUUCUAACGGACUGUAUGCUUAUCGGCCCAGCCAACGGAAGGAUUUUUAGAGCAAGACCUCUAUUCUUUGGAGCACAAGCAUAAUCCUCUGUUUUUUCAACGGACUGUAUGCUUAUCGGGAGGCCAACGGAAGGCUUUUUAGAGCAAGACCUCUGUUCUUUGGAGCGACACAAGCAUAGUCCUCUGUUCUUUCAACAGACUGUAUGCUUAUCGGGGGGCCAACGGAAGGCUUUUUGGUUUGAAGGCGGGAGAAGUGUGCCAUCUUCUUCCGUUUUGCCUUAGGGUGUGGGGAAUUAAGAUCAGAGUUGAGCUCCAAGAAUUGUCGCCAAAUCAUUUGUGCUGAUCCCUCCUAUUUUCAUUAUGAUGGCUUCAAAGAACAGUAGUAGCCCGGUUUUGAUGGCCAUUUGUUGUUACGGUAGCGAAGCUGUUAUUAUUUCCAUCUGUGAGGACACAACUCUUGAUCAAAUAUUCAAGGAAAUAGUGGAAAGGUGGAGACAUUUAUCUUCUACAAUGAUAGAAAUUAAGUUUUAUAUUCCAAACAAAUCUAGAAUGCUUGUUACGCUCAUGAGCGAUAAAGAUGUUCAUAACAUGCAUCAAAUACAUGUGAACUUAAAUGCGGCAGUGAUCGAGAUGGUUGUUACUCAUUCUCCAAGCUUGAUCGAAGCUGCUGAUGUGGUAAUCAAUACCAGGUAUUCCAUAUUUGAAAUUUUAUUUUGUUCAUUUGAAGCUAAAAGAACAUUAAUAAGUGUGCUGAAAUUAUGUUUAUCGUUUUGUAUGGACAGUGGCUCAUCCCAUGGUGCUGAAAUUAGUUGGAGAUCCAAAAAUAUUUCAAAGAGUAGCUCAAGUAAUUUUGUCCAAGUUGUUAAAGAGACGAAAGCUGCAAUUGAAGAGGAAGGAAGUCAAAGAAAUUCAUUGGAUGCUUGGAAAAGUUGUAUAGAGGGCGUUGGUCAGGAGUUCAGGAAUGUCGAAACUCUUCGUGACAGCAUUCGCAACUUUUGUAUCGCAAAUUGCAGAGAUUUUGUGUUCAUGAAGAACGAUCGUGAGCGAGUUACUGUGGAAUGUGCAUAUGAAGAAUGCGAAUGGCAUAUCCAUGCUUCUCGACUUGGUAAUGGUGAAAAGUUUGCAAUUAAAAAAAUGAACGGUAACCAUACAUGUGGAGGAGGGAUGCAAGUCCGGUCGCAUCCGAAGGCUUCAAAACGUUGGGUUUCGAACAUUGUUAAAGAUAAACUUCAAGAUAUGCCAUUAUAUAAGCCGACUGACAUUGUAAAAGAUAUUCGUCGGGAAUAUGGUGUUCAAUUGCCGUAUCAUCAAGCUUGGCAUGGUAAGGAGCUGGCUAUGAAGGAGAUUUAUGGUGAUAGAUCGCUAUCUUAUGACCGAAUUCGGUGGUAUUGCGACGCCAUUGUUCAAACCAACCCCGGCAGCAUUACAAAGUACGAAACAAUUGAAGGUCGAUUUAGACGUCUGUUUAUUUGUUUUCAUGCUUCACUAUUGGGUUUCAUAAAAGGAUGUCGACCUCUAAUUUUUAUGGAUGGGACAUUUAUAAAACAUAAGAAUGGGGGUGUAUUGCUUGGCGCCACUGCCAAAGAUGGCAAUGAUGAUAUGUUUCCUAUAGCUUAUGGUGUGGUAGAUACAGAAACUGAUGAGAACUGGGAAUGGUUUUGCCAGAUUUUCAAAGAAGCUAUUCAUAGUUGCAGUGCGUAUCAUGGUCAAAAGUUCACAUUUAUGACAGAUAGACAUCAGGGAAUUAUUAAAUCGGUGCCGAAGUACUUUCCUGGUUGCUACCACUCAUAUUGUAUUCGUCAUGUGAAAGAAAACUUCAAGAAUCAGGUGCUUGUCCAUUAUCGUGCAGCUGACAGAAAGAGGCUGCUUGAUUUAGUAAAUGCUGUUGCGUAUACUCCAAGGCUUAAUGUUUUUCAAAAGCUAAUUGGGAAGCUUACAUCAGAAGCCCCUGGUGCUUCCACCUUUCUCCUACAUGCCAACCCCGAGCAUUGGGCGAACGCAAUUUUUCCAGGUCCACGCUGGGGCACUAUGACAUCUAACGUGGCUGAGUGUUUUAAUAGUUGGAUCUUGGAGGCUCGUCAUCUGCCUAUCCCUCAUAUGGUUGACCAUAUCAGGCUUCAAAUUAUGUAGAUGAUGCAUGAACGGCGUAAUCAAGGAUAUAGCAUUCAAACCCACCUAUGUCCAGAUGCUGAGAAAGUGUUACAUAAAAAUGCAGAAGAUGGUCGGAGAUUAUCCGUGUUUACGUCCAACAUAAUGAUAUAUGACGUAAAGGAUACAAACUACUCAUGCAAAGUUGACCUCCAGAAUUGCAGCUGCUCUUGUGGCGAGUGGCGAAUCUUCGGCAUGCCAUGUAAGCAUGCUUGUGCUUGCAUCGAGAAGGCCGGCAGAUCCUUGUACCAAUUCACUGACAUUUGGUUCCAAGCUGAAUUGUAUAAAACAACAUAUGCCGAAGCAAUUAAUCCAAUUCCUGAUAUUAAGGAGCCGCACAGUGCAUCUGAAGAGAUUCACAUUCUACCCCCUAUGAAAAAGACACGUCCUGGCAGGCCUAAAAAGAAGAGAAGACUUUCUCAAGUUGAGUUAGUACGUGAUAUGAGAUGUGGACGAUGCGGGAAGCUUGGGCAUAACAGAAGGACAUGUAAUGAGGUCAUACUGUAAACAAUAUGGUGCUCUACUAUACAUUGAAGAUUCUAGAUGGUCUAAAAGUAGUGCAAUUGCAAUGGCCAAAUGCUUAUCGAUGGUGCAGUCGAGAAUAUGGGGAAGGAUGUGGUGACAUUGUAGUAAAGGAAGACCUUUUGAAGUAAAGGAAGUUGAUUGUUGAUGUUGUCAACUAAUACAAAUUUUGGAUUAUUUCAGAAUUUAUCAAUGUGGAAUACUAUUAAGUUCCUUUUUCAUAUUAAUUUGUUGAUGUUAGCUGAUGCUAUGCCUUUUUGGGUGGCUGAUUUAUGUGGAGAGACCUUCUGUUGACUGGAAUUGUUCAGAGGAAGCUUUUUUUUAGGGCUAA